GGCAUAAUUUGGCGUCACUGCAGCUGUACAGAGAUUGGGCGUAGCAUAUGAAAAACGCUCACACCGGAUAUAUACGCUUUAUCUAAGUAUUACACCGAUUUUCCACCGUUAACCGUGGACGCCGAUUGCGAUCCCGCGGCGCCGAUAAGCAGUGCCAAUCGGCGAAAGGAACCCUACUUUUGCGCCAUUUAAGUGAGACAACUGGCUAAUUCCAUACUGUAUAUCAAACUAUCAAAAAUUUAUCCUGCGGAAAUUUAUUAAGCCACGAAUUAAAGUAAUAAAAAAAUGUGGCGAGUGAUGGUAUUGUGUAUGCUGUUAUCGGCCGGAAGUGUGUGGAGCUUCCAGCUGGAGGACAUUGCCGACGGGACGGAGGAGCUGUUGGAUCUGUCGGUGGAGUUCUCGGAGGACACGCCCUACUGGCCGACCAUCGAGAAGAAGGGCCAGAACUUCAAGAUCCAGGAGACGCAGAACGGGUACAACCAGGAGUACAACUACCAUUUCCACGCCACCGUCUUCUCCAGCAGCGACCACGGCGGCACGCAUGUCGACGCGCUCAGCCAUGUCAACCGCAAUCCCGUCAGGGACGACAUUGAUCAGGUGCCGCUGCGGCAGUUCUUCGGGACGGCGGCGGUCGUGGACAUUGCGGAGAAGUGCCGCAGCAAUCCCGACUACGAGCUGAGCAUCGCCGAUGUGCGCGCGCACGAGAGCGACCACGGCCGGCUGCCCAACGGCUCCCUGCUCUUCGUCUACACCGGCUGGGGCGCCAAGAUCAACGACAAGCCCGCCUUCUGGGGCACCCCCGACUACUUCAAUUUGUCACAACUGCACUAUCCCGGCGUCAGUCCCGCCGCCGCCGAAUGGCUCGUCAAGAACCGCAAAAUUAAGGUGGUGGGCGUGGAGACGGGCUCGGUGGACAACGGGCAGGGCGGGCUGUCUUUACAAGCGCACGCCAUCUUCCUGUCCAGCGGCGUCAACAUCAUCGAGUCCGUGCAGAAUCUGGACAAACUGCCGGCCCGCGGGGCCUUCGUCUUCGGGCUGCCGAUGAAGAUGAAGGGCGCCAGCGGCUCGCCCAUCCGUCUGGUCGCCGUCGGCUGGCGGAAGCCCGCGCCGACGCUGCGCAAACGCUCGGUGCCGGGGGCGGCAUAGCCAGAUGUGUUCUUAAUGAUUAUAAUUAAUAAUUAUAAUUACCUGGAUGUCUGGUGAUGACGCGCUAGUUUCUAUUCAAACAACCUAUCCGAAAUGUCGCGUGAUUUGCCGCUUUCAAAAACUACAAAUCCGAACGUUGGAUAUAUCUACAGAUCAGUGUCAUGUGCUAUAUAUUGUUGUGCCUGCAUGCUUGAUACGUGUAUGAUGAUGUUUCACUUUCUGCACAUGCCGUCUGGGCAGUUAAUCUUGGUCCGCACAAUUAUCCCUAACUUAUUAAACAUUACCAUUACAAU